GUGCGCUCUCUGAUGCCUGCGCCGGCGGUGGCCCGGGUGGCCCGCCCGCGGGGGGUGCCGGAGGGGGCGGGGGAGGAGGAGGAGGCUGUGUGAUGGCCCUGGACGGCGAGCGGGGGGAGCAAGAGGAGGAGAAGAAAAAGAAGAAGAAGAAAAAGAAGAGGAAGAAGAAGAAGGAGGAGGAAGAGGAGGGGGCUGAGAAGAGCAGCUCACCCUUCGCGGCCAGCAUGGGGGAGAACGACGCCGCGCUCCGGGCCGGCGGCAGGGGGCUCUCGGACCCGUGGACGGACUCCGUGGGGGUGCGACCCCGCACAACCGAGCGCCACAUCACGGUGCACAAGCGGCUCGUGCUGGCCUUCGCGGUGUCCAUCGUGGCACUGCUCGCGGUCACCAUGCUCGCGGUGUUGCUCAGCUUGCGCUUCGACGAGUGCGGAGCUAGCGCAGCCCCGGGCGCCGACGGCGGUCUCGCCGGCUUCCCGGCGCGCGGGGGCAACGGGAGCCUUCCGGGUUCCGCCCGGCGCAACCACCAGGCUAGCGGGGACUCCUCGCAGCCCGAGGUAGGCGGAGAGGCCACCCCUGGGACCCCGUCCGCCCAGCCGCCGUCGGAGGAGGAGCGGGAGCAGUGGCAGCCGUGGACGCAGCUGCGCCUGUCCGGCCACCUCAAGCCGCUGCACUACAACCUAAUGCUCACCGCCUUCAUGGAGAACUUCACCUUCUCCGGCGAGGUCAACGUGGAGAUCGCGUGCCGGAACGCCACCCGCUACGUCGUGCUGCACGCCUCCCGGGUGGCGGUUGAGAAGGUGCAGGUGGCCGAGGACCGGGUGGCCGGGGCUGUCCCGGUGGCCGGUUUUUUCCUCUACCCGCAAACCCAGGUCUUGGUGGUGGUGCUGAAUAGGACCCUGGAUGCACAGAGGAAUUACAACCUGAAGAUCAUCUACAACGCGCUGAUCGAGAACGAGCUCUUGGGCUUCUUCCGCAGCUCCUACGUGCUCCACGGGGAGAGAAGAUUCCUUGGUGUCACUCAGUUUUCACCUACCCAUGCCAGAAAGGCCUUUCCUUGUUUUGACGAGCCGAUCUACAAGGCUACUUUCAAAAUUAGCAUCAAGCACCAAGCAACCUAUUUAUCUUUAUCCAAUAUGCCAGUGGAAACUUCUGUGUUUGAGGAAGAUGGAUGGGUUACGGAUCACUUUUCACAGACCCCUCUCAUGUCUACAUAUUAUUUAGCCUGGGCGAUCUGCAACUUCACAUACAGAGAAACUACCACCAAGAGUGGGGUUGCAGUACGAUUAUAUGCAAGACCCGAUGCUAUCAGAAGAGGAUCUGGGGACUAUGCUCUCCAUAUAACAAAGAGAUUAAUAGAAUUUUAUGAAGACUACUUUAAAGUGCCCUACUCCUUGCCAAAACUAGAUCUCUUAGCUGUGCCUAAGCAUCCGUAUGCUGCUAUGGAGAACUGGGGACUAAGUAUUUUUGUGGAGCAAAGAAUACUGCUGGAUCCCAGUGUUUCAUCUAUUUCUUAUUUACUGGAUGUCACCAUGGUCAUUGUUCAUGAGAUAUGUCACCAGUGGUUUGGUGACCUUGUGACUCCAGUAUGGUGGGAAGAUGUGUGGCUGAAGGAAGGUUUUGCUCACUACUUUGAAUUUGUUGGCACAGACUACCUCUACCCUGGCUGGAAUAUGGAAAAACAGAGGUUUCUGACAGAUGUUCUGCAUGAAGUGAUGCUGCUUGACGGCUUGGCCAGUUCCCACCCAGUAUCACAGGAAGUGCUGCGGGCCACAGACAUUGACCGGGUGUUUGACUGGAUCGCCUAUAAAAAGGGUGCUGCUCUAAUUAGAAUGCUGGCUAAUUUUAUGGGCCAUUCAGUAUUUCAAAGGGGUUUGCAAGAUUAUUUAACCAUUCAUAAGUACGGCAAUGCAGCCAGAAACGAUCUCUGGAAUACACUGUCAGAGGCUUUAAAACGGAAUGGAAAAUUUGUAAAUAUACAAGAAGUAAUGGAUCAAUGGACACUCCAGAUGGGUUAUCCUGUUAUCACAAUCUUGGGAAAUUCAACAGCAGAAAAUAGAAUAAUAAUUACCCAACAACAUUUUAUUUAUGACAUCAGUGCUAAAACUAAAGCACUUGAACUUCAAAAUAACAGUUAUCUGUGGCAGAUUCCACUAACUAUUGUGGUAGGAAAUAGAAGCCAUGUGUCUUCAGAAGCAAUUAUUUGGGUGUCUAACAAAUCAGAGCACCACAGAAUAACUUUGGACAAAGGAAGCUGGUUGCUGGGGAAUAUCAAUCAAACUGGCUAUUUUAGAGUCAACUAUGAUUUAAGGAAUUGGCGAUUAUUAAUUGAUCAAUUAAUCAGGAACCAUGAGGUUCUCUCUGUCAGUAACAGAGCAGGUUUGAUUGACGAUGCCUUCAGCCUGGCCAGAGCCGGCUACUUGCCUCAGCAUAUCCCCCUGGAGAUUAUCAGAUACCUAUCUGAGGAGAAGGAUUUUCUUCCUUGGCAUGCUGCCAGCCGAGCUCUUUAUCCCCUUGAUAAAUUACUGGACCGCAUGGAGAAAUACAAUGUCUUCAAUGAAUAUAUUUUAAAGCAAGUUGCAACCACGUACAUCAAGCUUGGAUGGCCAAAAAACAAUUUUAAUGGAUCUCUUGUUCAAGCCUCCUACCAACAUGAAGAGCUCCGGAGAGAAGUUAUAAUGCUGGCGUGCAGUUUUGGCAACAAACACUGUCACCAACAGGCAUCGACACUUAUUUCAGAUUGGAUUUCCAGCAACAGGAACAGAAUACCACUAAAUGUUAGAGACAUCGUCUACUGUACAGGAGUUUCACUACUAGAUGAGGAUGUCUGGGAAUUCAUAUGGAUGAAAUUCCACUCCACUACAGCGGUUUCUGAGAAGAAAAUAUUAUUGGAAGCCUUAACUUGCAGUGAUGACAGGAACUUAUUAAAUAGGCUUCUGAAUCUAUCACUGAAUUCUGAGGUGGUGUUAGAUCAAGAUGCAAUUGAUGUGAUAAUCCAUGUUGCUCGAAAUCCACAUGGCCGAGACCUUGCCUGGAAGUUUUUCAGAGAUAAAUGGAAGAUAUUAAAUACCAGGUAUGGAGAGGCAUUAUUUAUGAAUUCCAAACUCAUUAGUGGAGUUACAGAAUUUCUUAAUACCGAAGGUGAACUCAAAGAGCUGAAGAACUUCAUGAAGAACUAUGACGGAGUAGCUGCUGCCUCAUUCUUGAGAGCUGUGGAAACCGUGGAAGCCAACGUGCGCUGGAAAAUGCUUUAUCAAGAUGAGCUUUUCCAAUGGUUAGGAAAAGCUCUGAGACACUAAACUCUCUCUUAUAAACAAUCCAACUCUGAAUUUUGGGAGAAGACCUGCUUUCUAUGGAAUGAGGAAAAUGUGCUAUGUGGAAAAUGGCCAGAUUUUCAGCAUUAACGUGUGGGAGGAAAAUUUUAUUUAUUUAUUUUUUUUGGUUUUGGGGAAGUUUUUGGUUUGUUUCAUUCAUUCUGUUUUGUUUCUCUACUGGGUGUUCUUCUCUAAAGAAACUCUUGCAAGUGACACUAGCCAUGAUGGCCUCAGCUGUACAUUCCUCUUUGUACAGGACCAAAUAUGAUAGUGGUGCAUGCUGAUGUUGCCGUCCGUUCGGAAAAACAUAUUCAGAAUAUUUUGUGCAUGGUUGUAUGGUCCUGCCUGUGUUCAGCAUGCUUACUUAAACUGUCUGAUGUCGUAUGUGUAUAUAUGUUACAUCCAGGAUGGGCAUUAUACAAAAGCACAAAGAUUAUCUAUGACAAUCAUUGUUGCAAUGAAAGAAAAACUGAAAAGGAAUUCUCUUCUUAGUCCUGGGCAAUGUGGGAGGUGAAAUAGCUCUUUAAGUGAUCAUUAUCACUUCUUUCAGCAAUUGGCUUGUCUUGCAAUGAUGACUGUGUAGCUAACUCAUUUUCUUCAAGUUAAAGCCGUGUAUACGUUUAAAAAGGCGUAUAGACAGUGUAUGCAUAUGUAUAUGUACAGAGGGAAGCCCUAUAUGUAUAUAGUAUGUUGUACACUGCACUUCUGCAAAGAAUCUCUUCCAAUCAAAGAAACUUUAUCUCUUUUUAUAAACUUGUGCAAACUUUGAAAAGGCUGAAAAGAAUUUAUCUCACCACUCCCCACCAUUUCCUAACGAAAUUUCUCGACUCUUACAGAUUUUUUUUCAUCUAUUUCCUGAACAACAGUCUAUUCUACUACAUGAAAGUGAAUUCAAGCAAAAUUUAUGUAUAAACACUCUUCUAAUUCUCCAAAGUGGCAGAAACAUAUCCUAAAUACAGAUUCUGUCAUCAUUCUGGUCAAACUUCCUGUUGCAUAAAAUAAUUGUGCACGUUUAAUAAUUAUCAGUGCUGAGAAAAUGUUUCUUUCCCAUCUUGUUUGUUUUUCCAUCUCAUGUUGUGUAGUCCAGAGGGUUAAAAACUUUCUGUGUAUGUGUGUGUGUUGGUCUUUGUGUCUGUGUCAGUCAAAUCCUCCAUUAAGUGAUGGGACCUCAAGUAGGUCUGAUACCAUGUAAUGACCCUUGGAUCCCAGUCGUGCCAUCCAUUCAGAGGACAGUUAUUUUCCUGGAGCAAAGCUUUUUCUUUGGCAUUGACAGCUCUCUUCUACCUAGGAAUUUUAAAUAGCCCUUGCCAUGGCUGUCUAUUAUGUAACACAAGUGCUUUUAAAUGGUAUUCUCACCCAGUAGGCCAGCUCUCCAAACAUUGCUUAGAUGAUCUAAAAUGAACAUAUUUUAAGUUUGCCGUUAUAAAAUACCAACACAACCAAUGGACCCAAGCCAAAAGUUUGUGGACCACUUUUUAUUGUCCUGAGGUUUUCCACUCCUCCAAAUCUUCUUGCAGAUUAUUGAGAGAAAUAGAUUCUAAUAGUCACUGAGCACUGGGGGAAAAAUAGGUAUUUUAAAAACCAGAGCCAUAAAUUUAUUUUGAGUCUGUAGAAAAAAGGAGCAAUUUCCCAAUCCAUCAAACAAGUAUCACCUACAACUGAAUUUUAUCUUUUUAGCAAUUAAUAACUAUUACUCAUACCUAACAUUUUCAGCACUUCAUUCAAUUAAAACACAUGAAUUUUAAGGACACUGUGUGGUAUUAGUAAGACAUAGUAAUAGUAGAAAAUCUAAAAGUCAUUCUGCUGAUCAGAAGUCGUGAAAUUUAACUAGUACUUAUCGCAUAUAAAAUCCUUUAGGGACAAGUUCUGAGACAUCACAAUAAUAAAUAUCACUCUGCAGUGCAGGUCCAAAACAUGUACUGUAUCACCCUUGGAUUCAUGGAAUUGAGGUAAAUAGAUUAAAAAAUUAGAGGUGGAUGUCUUAUUUUGUGUCAUGGAUUAUUGAAAAUUCUUUGUAGUUGUGACAUUCUUUUUGAGUGAAAUCUCCAUUUCCAGAUUUGAGUUAGAAAGCCUUUAAGAGUUCUUUUUUUCCUCCCCACUGUUAAUAAUCUUAAUCCUCUUUCAGUAUUUUAGUGGCCUUGAACAACUGGUUUAGCUACGAUGUCAAAUCCUAAAUGUGUAAUUAUGUGCAAUGUUUGAUACCUCAUAGAAUAUCUGUUCAACGGUAUAGUAGUAUCAAUGGCAUCGAGAUGGAAUUUCUGUUCUACAUAUUUUUCAAUGAUUUAUCCUUUCCAGUGUUGAAGAUUAUAUCAGGCUUUGACGUUUUUUAGUUGUUUAAAUAAGUAAUAUUUUCAAAAUAAUAAAAUGACCAAUGAUAUCUCUUGGAAUAUUCUGUAAAAUGUAGUUAUAAAAGUCUAUUUUCUACAUAGAGUUUUUAUCUUUUUUCUCUUCUUUGUAUGUUUUACAAGUCCUAUAUAUGCAUGAAAUAACAAACUGUUGAAAUUGUUCAGUAUCUAGGCUUAAAUCUUUACUCUGCCAAUAUAUAUAUAUAUACAACACAAAAGUUGGUUUCAAUUAGGCAGGACUAAAUUGUUUACCAUACUGAAUAUUAAAUAACACCAGGUAACUUAUAAAUAAAACGUUUUCCCCAUUUUCACACAUUUUCCCUUAAACUUUUCUUAAAAUCUUCAUGUUUUUAAAAAAUAGUCGAGUACGACCUCUAAGGUUAAUUUCUACAAUGUGAGGUUGAUAUCUGAGUUUCAAUAACCCAGAUUUUAAUUGGAGCUUUUUUAAAAUUGGAGCUUAGCUGACUUAGAUUUAUAUUAUUUCUAAGAUACUUUAUAUCAUAGGACUGAGAUUUUUGUGUCAGUGCUAUUUACAAACAUAACUGUAAUAUCUUACAAGGUUAAGAUUACAACGUACUCAUAAAUUGCAUUUCAUUUGUGAAAAACUUCUACAAAUGCUGUUUUAUUGCUUAUUAUGCUUAACAUAAUAAAUUAUAUUAGCCCUGAUAGUCUGAUGAGAAAACUGAAGCUCGGAUUAGCAACAGGAACCUUGAAAAUUACAUAGUUGUUAUCUGGGAAACAGGCACAAUAACCUUAGCUUUUCAAUAGAACCUUCCUAAGACAAAACUAGAAAGACACUUUGAAAUGCCUCUAUCCAUUGCACGAGUUGGAGGUUUUCCAAAUACCAGAAAAAGCAUCAAAACACGUGAUGAAAUAGGUCUACACUAAUUAUAUUAUUUUGUAAAGUCUGUGUUUCUAAUGGGUAUGAUGUCAAACAACUUCAUGGAAUGUUCAUCAGCAAUUCACUUCAGUCAGGAUAAGCAUCCUGAUAUUGUGACAAAACAUAUAGUUCAUUAAUUAUAGUUUCCUUUUUUGAUCUUUUGGUGAACACUGUUUAAAUAGGACUUUAACAUGGUUUAUAAUAUGCUUUAUUUUUAUACAUAUUUCUCUGGUAAACUCUAACUGUAGUAACAGAUGGUCAGACCACAGAUAAAAUGGUUUCCAUCUAAAUCAGUGAAAAUAAUAUUCAGUAAAAUGUUAUGUAGACUAAAUUGUGAAAAAGCAAUGUUUAUGCAGCUGCAAUAUAGGAAUUCCUGAAGAAACUUACAAUGAUGUAUUUAAUUAAAAUCCACUGGCUGUUAAAAUUUUAAGGAAUUUUUUUUUUUUUCCCUGAGGAAUUGAAGACCUAAAAUAGCUCAAUUAUUUUCAGGAUGACCAAGAGAUAACCACAUAUACCUCUUAAAGACAUGGUAAAAGUUUAUAUACUGAGAUAUUAGGAUUCCUAAAUAAUUUUUCUUCCCUUUACCAGAGAUCAUAGCUGGAUUAUUAUCAUUUGACACUGCUAAUUAUAUAGGGCAAAAUUCAAUUUAAUUAAACAGAUAUUUAUAGAGCACAUUUUAUUUCACAAAGCACUCUGUGAAGGGAAAGGAAGGAGGAGCAGAAAAAGGCCUAGAGGAAUUCACAUCACAGUAAAUGCAACAAACAUAAAUCAUGAGCCAAUCAGAGUGAGGGUGACAUGAAAAAUAAUUACCUGCUACAUCAGAGAAACUAAAUUUUUAGGUAUAGAUAAUAUUGUGCAUUAUUUUUGUACACUCGUUUUCAAAACUUAUAUGGUACUUGAGGAUAAUUCUCAAUGUUUGGUAUCACAGCACUUAAUUAUGUUUCGCAAAAAUGUGUAACAUUUAGAAAGUAUAAUAAAAACACAUGGUUUAAACUUUGUAAUUGGAAUAUAAAUUGGGAUAGAAUUUAUCUUCAAGAAAAGCUAUUUGAACAAUUUAAUAAUAUCAGUAAGGUGCAGGAAAGAUGUUUAACCUACUUAGGAAAAGUAGUUCAAGUUUUCUAAAAUGGGUUUAGCAUACUAUUUGUAUAUUCACAAUGUGUUAAUUUUAAGUUAAUCAUAUAUUCUUUAAAGCAGGCUCAACAAUUCUUAUCCCAGGCAAAAAUGUAUUUGUUCAAAUUAGUACAUGUGAACUUUUGAGUAAAGAAAUGUACUUAUAAAAUAUUUUAAAAUUUCAAGUUUUAGUUAUAUAAAGGUAACCUUGAGUUCAAUCGCUGUGAAUUAAUAAGGAAUUAUUUUAUUAAAAUAUUUUGCUUAACGUGGUUUCUCUUCAGGAAAACACUAACAAAAGGGAACUCUAGUAGCUUUUAUUUUCAAUUUUAUUUUAUGAAAUUUUGUUUCAAAGUUUAGAAAAGUUUUUAGAGUCUUUAUUAAAAUUAAGCAGUUGGUGAAAAAUAGAUGUUCUAAUUUUAAGUAUACUAUUUAUGUAUAAGUAUAUGCAUUAUAUUUUUUAAAAAAGUUUUUCACCAAAGGUCUUAUUAGUAGACAGUAUGAUUUUAUUCAGAUUUUGAACACAUAGCACAUUAAGGAACUUUAUUUUGAAUAUUAAGUACUUUAAGGAUAGUACACUGAAAAUGUUUCUUUUUUACAUUCCCAGUUCAUGUACUAAUGCACUAAGAGAAAAGAAAAAUAAUGACCAGUUCUUUAUUUUUAUCUGAAUUAGUUUUUUGUGUGCUGUAUUAAUGUUAAACGAGAUAAAAUAUAGGAAAAGAAUGAACCUUUGAGCAUCUACUAAAUGUCAGGCAUUUUUCAAUCUUUUUAAAGAUUUUAUUUAUUAGUUGACAGACAGAGAUCACAAGUAGGCAGAAAGGCAGGCAGAGAGAGAGGGAGAAGCAGGCUCCCUGCUGAGAAGAGAGUCAGAUGCAGGGCUGGAUCCCAGGACCCUGAGAUCAUGACCUGAGCUGAGGGCAGAAGCUUAACCCACUGAACCACCCAGAUGCCCCUAAAUGUCAGGCAUUUUAUAGACAUCAUCUCAUUUAAUAACUGAAACACCAUCAGUUUCAAUUUAUCAACGGGGAGACUGAGGUUAAGAGUUGGGAUCAGUUUACAUGACUGGUGAUAGGUAUUAGCUGGGAUUCAAAACGGUGCAAAACAAGACUUACGGGGCUCAAGUCAGUCAUCAAUCUGCCUCCCAUAUGCCCGGAAGCAUAAUCAUUAUCGGUACAGACCAGUCUCUAUAGAGGAUUUGAAUACUUAGCUUACUUUUUUCAUUGUCACUGACUCGUUUGAGAAAAAAAUGCUAGUUAGUGCUUUUUGGUUUGACACUCGGUUCUUAACAGUUACUUCACAUAGCCUAUUGACAGUUUUCAUCCAAAUGUUUUAUGUUAGUGUGUAGUGUAGUGGGUUUUAAGCUACAACAGAUAAUGAACAGAUACUCCAGACAAUCAACCUUGAAAAAUAAGUAAAAAGAGAGGGUGGAUUACAAAACUCUUCACCAGUGGACCAAAAGAUAGGUUAAACCUCUGUCCUAGAUGCAGAGGGGAUCUAUUCGUGUAGCCAGAACUUUCCUGUUGUUUAGCCAUGAGGUCAGAGAGCUCUUCUUUCUGCUUAGAGCUGUAUAGAUGGACUGCUGCUGCUGAAUUUACUCGAAGUUACCUUUUCCAUUGGCCUGCUGUACGUAGUGGAUGCGGUUUAAGAUAACUGCUUUGACCUAGCUUGGCGCAGGUCAACUUACUUCUAAUCGCACACAUUUUUACUAUGUCAUGUAAGUAAAUGAGAGAGUGAAAUGUUUUAUAGCGAAUAUUACCGUAAAGCACAUCUGCCUUGAAUGUGCAGUGGAUUUAUCUUCCAAGUUAAUCAUUAAGUCGCUACCGUUUUAACCCCUACUAGGUUCACAAUAUUACUAUACUUGUUCUUGGACAGUAUCCUGUUCCCACCUUCAUAUACUCUAGGACCUACUGGGUGAGAACAUUUGCUAUUAAUUUUGCGUUAUUCGGUUUUAUUUAACAUAGGUUUCUUAUCCAUCACUUCUCAAGCAUAUAACAUUUUUUCAAGUGAAUUUCUCCUCAAAUGUGGUUUCUAUCUUUUAAACUAUGGUAUAAUAGUAAUCUCACAUUACCUUUUUAAAUGCUCCCUGUACCUUGUCACAUAUGAAUAUACUUGCCAUUUUCCUUUGAUAUAUUUUGGUACCUUUAUGUUUUGAUAGUCUUUGAAGACAAAUUCACACUAUAAAAUAAAACACAUUAGUUCUGUGAAGCUUAUGCACUGUCCAGUUACUUGGGGUGAAAUGAGACGUUCUGUCCUUGAACUGUCAAGAGUGGCUUUCUGCACACCACUGGACUCAUCAGAUAAUCUUUUAAAAUAUUAUGUGGACUAUUUUUAAUGAACUUGAAUUAAUUCGGCAACAAACUUUAUUUUCCUAAAGCCAUUUCCCAAAUGGACAGACUUACUUAAAAUAUGCCUAAUGGAAGCAGUUUUUUGCUUUUUAAUAUUUUAUGAUUUAGAAACAAAAUAACUAUUCUUUUAGUAAAUACAACUUGCUAAAGAAUUUACCAAAUCAAUGUUUUUGUGUUAGUUUAGAAGAUAAAUGUUUUCUGUGGUAUGCCUUUAAAACUAUUCAGUGAAAAUCGAAUCAGUAUGUGUUCAACAUGAAAUUUUUAUUCCAUUAAAAUCAAGCACUAACAAAGUGGAUUUUUCUAAAUGAGAAAAUUUCUCUUCUGUAUUUUAAGCAGAACAAAUUUGAAUUUUGCCUCUGACAAUAAA